AGCCUAGCUGGGAUCCCUGGCUCUGUGGGCCCGAUCACAUGCCCCCUCCUCCUUGUGUUCCUUUGUGGAGAAGGGCGGGGAGGCACUGGGGCCGCCCUUCCUCUGUGCAUUAGAUGUGUUGAUAACAGCUCUAUGGCUGGCCCUGUCUCCGGCACCAUGAAGGACGAGGUGGCUCUCCUAGCCACUGUCACCCUCCUAGGAGUCCUGCUGCAAGCCUACUUUUCCCUGCAGGUCAUUUCUGCGCGCAGGGCCUUCCGCGUGUCACCGCCGCUCACCACCGGCCCGCCCGGCUUCGAACGUGUCUACCGAGCCCAGGUGAACUGCAGCGAGUACUUCCCGCUGUUCCUCGCCGCUCUCUGGGUCGCCGGCAUCUACUUCCACGAAGGCGCCGCCGCCACCUGCGGCCUGGUCUACCUGUUCGCGCGCCUCCGUUACUUCCAGGGCUACGCGCGCGCGGCUCAGCUCCGGCUGGCCCCGCUGUAUCAGAGCGCCGGCGCGCUGUGGCUGCUGGUGGCGCUGGCGGCGCUCGGCCUGCUCCUGCACUUCCUCCCUGCCCCGCUGAGCGCUGCGCUGCUCCGCCGGCUCAGGACGCUGCUGCCCUGGGCCUGAGAGC